GGGUUCAAUGGGUUUUGCUGAUUUCCAGUACUGCCAAGUUGUAUUUCCUCAUUUCUGUUGCCAUUUGACUGGUUUUCCCGAUCUCCCACAUUGUCCGGACGUUCCAUGUACCUAUAAAGAUUGUUGCUCUGGUUGUUAGAAGGGGCAUCGGCCUCGUGGCUUCCGAAAGAACUCGGCUUUCACCAUGAAGCGUCAUAAUUCUUCUAAAUGAAGACCUUCUAACUCCCAGGGAAGAGUUAAAACGUUUGGACUUAUUUUUUCUGGUAAGCGUUUUUUUUAGCGAGUUAGUUUUCUACGGGAUGGGGACGCUAACCCUAUGCCCAACCCUCCUCCUUUACCCGGGCUUGGGACCAGCAGUAACUCUAGAAGAGCUACAGGCGGAGUUAAAAAAUGGAGCUUAUAAUAAAAUGAAUAUAAAUAUACACAAUCUAAUUAUACCAUAAGGAUAUAUAGAUAAUAUUAGUCCAUUAUAAGUCUCAGAAGUUUCUUUACUCUUGUUCAACUGUUGUUGAUCGGUGUGUUGUUCUUCCAUUCUUGAAUCUUGCUCAGGGAAUCAACAGAGAUGCACUCUUUAUGCUGAUGCUUCUACCUCCUCAAUCUAUUUGCCAUCUCCAUCUAGUACCCUAUUCCCGAUUCCGCUAUUGCUUAGUGGGUGCAAUACACGAGCAAUGCUUCGGAGACACCUAUGGUUGAAUACUGGUAACCCACUAAUAUUCUAUAUUGCUAAUGGCGGUUUUUCACACCCAUAAACUGUUCCAUAGUAAAAUUGUUCUUUGGUUGGUAGACGGAUAUCUCACGUACUCCACAAGUGGCUCAUGUUGGCAAAAGCAAACUGAGCUUUCUGAAUGUGUGCCAAGGUUUCUUCAUAAACCAGCCCGGAAGGACUGAUGAAAUUUUUAAGAUAAGUUAGUCAGUUGAUACGCCCAGCUACUUCACACCCUAUCAUAAAUUUAGGCGAUAACACAAACGAGUUUUAAAGCAGCAUUUUGCAUUUAGAGAGAGAGCCGAAUCUCAAACAAACUCCCAUUUUUACUUAAGUUGGUCGGAAGAUUGGAUUUUGUCAGCGUCUUCAGCAAACAGAACUAUAUCGUCAGCGAGCGAAUCGUCUGGUUAAAGAUAAACCCCUGAAAAGUCAAGUGAUUAAAGUGUUAUCUCUAAAAUGGGAAAAGUAAACAGCCCUGACAAACGCCAUUUAAAGUCACCAGUUCGGACGACAGUUCGCCAUAACCUCUUGUGUACAGACUUCUGAGGAGUCUCAUACUGGAAAGAAACAGCUAUCCAUUUCUCCGUUGUUUCGAUUGUCAUCUGACUAUUUAAAUUACAAAGUGAUCAUUUCCCUCAAAACAUUAUAUUCUACUCAUUUUGAUUUUCUCAUCGUGCUAAUAUAAAUUUGUUGGAACGCGCGGAUUUUCCUCGUCCACACGAAUGGGACAUUAAUUUGUCUUAGACGAAUAUCUACAUUAGAUUCCCCCCAAAUGUUUAUUCUACAGGACUUCAACACAACUCAGAUCAAGAGUACGUUAUUAGUCUGACUAGAAUGUAAAUAUAUUUCCACACUAAAAACCUACAACAAUCCAGUAAUAAUAAAGAUAAGAGAAUAUAUAGCGCAUCUAACGCCUAUCAGAAAUCCUACAAGUCUGACUAAGCAAACAACCAAUCAUUAUCGCCCUUCCCCAGACAUCAAAAUUAAUCGUCCUGAUUUAUCAAAUUGUCAGAUAAGGUUCUGGGGAUAACCACAAGUGAAUACUAUGGGUUCCCAAAAACACAAAAUUUAUACACGAAUCUCGAUCCGUAUGUUUUAUAUAAAAAGGCUUACUUUUUGAUUCAGGUGAUAAAAUCUAUUUGUAUUUAUCAUUGUUAUUUCUGAAGACUAGGAAUGGUAUUUCAUAGUAUCAAGUUGUUAGCAUAUAUAGAACUAUAAUAACUCAUUGUGUCAUUGAAUAAAAAUAAAGAGGAUUCAGCAAAGAAAACCCAACUAUAAAUACGAAUGUACGGCUUAAACAAAUGAUUUCGCCGGAAAGAGAAUUUUCUUCGUUUACUUCUCUUUUUUUGUGCUUGCUAUAAUUUUUAUUACUUCUUUAUAGUUGGGAAUAUCUCCUCUCCAUUUCGCUGCUAUGAAUGGACAUCUUAGUUCAUGUGAAGCGCUCCUACGUGCUGGUAUUAGCAGGGACGCUCGGACUAAAGUUGAUCGUACUCCUCUCCAUUUAGCUGCUCAAGAGGGUCACGCAGAUAUUGUGGAGCUUCUGUUACGUAAUGGAGCGGAUCUUAGUGCUAAGGAUAUGUUACGUAUGACAGCACUACACUGGGCAGCCGAAAGAGGUCAUACACCUGUUGUUCAAAUGUUGAUGCGUUUUGGAGCUGAUGCACAUCUUCAGAACAAAUUCGAAAUGACUCCUUUAGAUAUAGCUGAAUGUAAGCAACACGAUGAUGCUCGGGAUGCUAUGUUAAAUACUCAGUAUGAUUUAGUAUCGUCAGUCGGUCGUAUGGCUGCCACGAAUGGGGAUAUAGUAGGUGCUAACGCAUACAUCUUAACGGAAGAAGAGACGUUAGUUCCAGCUGCUCCUCCAGCUGAUGAGGUGACUGUCACCGCGACAACGGUUGAGGAGUCUUCCAACAUACCAGACUCUGAUAUCUCCGAAACAUUCUCAAAUGGUGGUGAUGCUUCUAAUGAAGAUGAAAAAAUUACAACUCUUACGAAAGUAAAAAGUGGUCACAGUGGUUCUAAUAAACGAAUAUGGAAAACUGAAUUAAGUGAAAAUACAAAUGUCAAUCUUCAUGGUGAAAAUUCGGAAGCCCAAACCACUCCUUAUUCAUUAUCACAGUCAACACAGGCAGAUAAUACAGAUUCUAUUCCGAAUAUUAAAAAUAAACCAAAUUUAUCUGGUGAUAUUUUAUUGCCUUUGGAUGAAGAUUGUCCAAGAGAUGUUAUGAUAGUUGAAACUCCGGAUGGUGAAACGCUUUAUGUUCAUCACCAGUCUAAUGAAGACGGUUCUAGUGGUCUAGUCAUUUUGAAUGACACAGGUGAACAGGUGAAUAAUCCAACUUUGAUGGCACAAGUAAUGGACGCCUUAGUCGCUUUGCCAGAAAAUGUAAUCAAUGAAACAUUAAAUGCAGAUAACUCUAACGUAAAUAUUGACUCGGAGUUAGAUGCUUCAUCACUUCAACGCUUGGAAAAGAGUUCAAAUAACAGAAACCUGAGGUCAGAAUUCAACAAGACAAUCGUUAAUAAUGAUAGGUUUUUUCAAACUAGCACUAAUGGAUAUCAAACAGGAGGUCGACGACUAAGCCCUACGCAUACUAUAGAUAAUGAAGAUGAUGACGAAGAUCUUGACAACGAUGAAUCAGAAUCAUUAGUAGCUCACUUAGCUGCAUUUGCCAACCAGCCUGAAUCCCAACAGACAACUAUCUGUGUAGAAGGAAUGGGAUCUGGUGCUUCAACCCAUGACUUAAUAAUGUGGUGCUUGUACAAUGGAAUAUUUAUUCGUGGCUAUGCAGAUGAACCAACCUUUAUCAUCGAAUUCGUUUACCAGGGUGAGGCAUACACCCUUUCGGCGUCAUAUGAUUCACAAUCUGGUACUAUCAAUUUCUAUCAUGUGGAGACUAACCAGAAGUUAUAAGAACACCAGAACACAAAUUUAUUUCAAUUUUAUUCUGUACAUAUGUUUAUUGCAUUUUUAUCGAAAACACAAAAACCUUCUUUACUU